GAUGGAAAAACGCGAAUCCAAUGAACUGCUUCGUUUUUUAACGAAAAUUGUCAACGAUUACGGAAUAAGUGACUCAAAAGGGGAAGCAGAAGGAAGCAGGAAAUCAACGGAAUCCCGAAAGAGAAAAAAUACCACCGACGAGAACCAAGCCGAUGGUAAAAGGUUCCGCCCGGUAGAGUGGGUUAAUCCUGUACUUAGACCACUGGUGCAAAGCCUGAUCAGUAAUCCGAACAAAACCUACCAGCAGUUCCACCUACAUCACAAUGUGCUCCAGGUUCCACUGCAGCCGAACGUACUUCGAAAUGAAACUCUUUUUAGCCAUUUUGAAAUCAAAACACCGUGGACGGUAGGCCUGCCGGUGCCACUGUACUGCACACCUGGUCCAGGUCCGACGUCACCCGAUCUUAUGGUGCGGCAAGUUCUCGCAAAGUACAACUAUAAGCGCGAGCUGACCAGCGUACAUCGGUCAUACAAGCUCAUCGAGACGCACCGGACGCGGCCGGACCUGGAUCUACGGGAGGUUGAGGAAGACCCUACCGUCAAGAAUAGCGCCGCUGUCAUUUAUGCAGGCCUUCUCGAUCGAGACCCCGAUCCGUACCUUUUGCUCGAAUCCGGCUAUGACUAUCACUUUACUGGUGGUUCCAUGGCCACCAUCGUUGCACCGGAAGGCAGCAGGACGCUCGCCACCGUAUUCGCAGCGUGUGGAGGAAAUCUCGAAGAGGUGAACAUCAUUCAGCUCGACCACCUCGGCUCGGAAGUGCCAAACAAAAUUGAGGCCAAAAAGUCAGCCAACUACCUAUCGGAAGAUGCUGGUCCGGUACUGGAGAUAACUGCCGACCCCGGAGGGCGUUGUGUUCUCAUCCGGAAGCGUCAUACUAUUGUUGUUCUUCGUAACGUACCCAGUGGUAGACAGGAAAACGAUGAAGAACUGAGCACUAUGUCGUCCGACGAUACGGAAUGGCGUGCAACUCAACGUAUCCGUUCGAAGGUGCCCUUCGCUAGCGUUUGCAUGGUCAAUUUCGGUUUCCUAGUUAGACGUACGAUCAGCAUUUGUACGGUAGACUACAGGAGACAUAUACGGUUAUGGCAAAUCGAUCGUAAAGCAGAUCCUGUCGAAAAAUGUACCAAGAAACUGCCAAGGAAUGAAGGCCGCUUGGAAAAGAAGACGGAAGAAAUUCGAAAGGAAGACAACUGGGCGGCGGUGAGGUGUGUAGACGGACGUUCUUUGGUUGCCUGCUUGAACCGUCAUCAGAUUCACCUUUACUCAAUCCGAGAGGAAACCGACAGUUGCGUUGAUUGUAGCGAUUCGGAUGAGGAAGUGGAAAGCCCUAACGCCACGUUCGUGUUACGGGGAAGUUCCAGCAUAUCUCAAUGGACUAUGGCAUGUGAAAGAGCGAGCGCCCUCGAAGUAGCGCCGUCUGAGAGACUUAUCUUUAUAGCCACGUGCCAUAAGAUUAUUGUUGCAAACGUGGAAAGUCUCGAAUGCGACAAAGCGAGUAGCUCAUCAUCCAGCUCGAUCAACGAUGAAAGCAUGUUACGAGUCAACGUUUUGAUAGUGUUUGCACACAACCUUCAACAGCGGCCAGCGUUCAUGAGUCACGUUGCAUACGCUGGGAGCGAUGAAACGGAUGAGGAGAGUGGACAUCAACAUUUCCUUUUGGUCGGUAGCCAUUUGCCGAUGAGUUACGGUGUGUGUUCGUUCACGAAAUCAUGCAUCAAGGGUUCGGCCUCCGAAAAACCACAAUACUACACCCGGCACCUUCCACUGCAUCCACCGACGUUCCAUGACGCUUACAGGAAAGCUCAGGCGAGUGGCCACUGCCUCAGUACCCACGAGCCACUGAAGCGGCGUUUCUAUGCCUGCCAGUCCGGAAUGGUGCUGCUUCCGGCGAAUGGAAAUGGCGGCGAAGAAGAAGAUGGCUACCCUCAUAUUAUUUUACUAACAUCGGGUGGAGAUUUAUUGCAUCAAAAAAUAGUCACAAAGCGACCGGAGCAAGACUCAUCAUCGGCGAGCGAUCUUACACGAUCCCGGAUAGGACAUUCGAACGUUACGGAAGAGCUGCACCAUUGGCACGAGAAGCUGCUGCUGGAUGAAUCGAUAAAACCCAAACCGUACAAGGCAACCGAUUUUAGAACGUUAAAAAGGUUUCGCGACAUCUUUAACUGCACGCACGACCCAAACGAGCUAAAGGACAUCGUAUUUCGCCCUCCAACCAAAAAAUGGUCUAGAGGGCAGCGCGAAAAGCAGGCCGAUUUGAGUGCGCAAAUGUGCAGGGAGCCAAGUCCCACGAGGUCCAUUUCAUCCGUCUCCGAUACAUCCUUGUCGGCUUCAGCUGCGGGUGAUUAUGUCUCUGCCCGGGCGACAGUUUCCAACGGUCCUCGGCAACGACCAGAGCCUCUAGCCUGGCGUCAAACAAUCGAGGAACUGCAGGAAUACAAGGAUGUCCUAGCGCCCGGAAUGCUAGCCGUUUGGGGCUACGGUGGACCAGUUGGUGGAACGUUUGCCCAAGGCUUCCCGGAGCAAAUUCCUACCAAGCUGCCACCCUACCAGAACGUGAACGAGCGAGUUGGUAGCUGGGUUGCGAAGACGACUUCUGCCGAACAGUUUGGAUUGGGUAGGGCCGAUGAACACAUGAGUGAGAUUCAGGACGAAAUACCGUACGACGAAUUUGGGCUACAACCGUGGCAAGAACCGAAAAACGCCAAUAAGGUUGAACUACCAAACCAAUUCCAACGGUUGCGCGAUGAACAACUGAUGGAAGUAAUCUCGCAGAAUGACACGGCAUCACUUUCUCGAGCAGUUUUCGAAGUCCAAGCGGAACCGAAACCUUCCACCACUACCCGUCCGGCGAAGAAAAAGUAUGUGAAAGGUUUCUGAUCACAAACUCUGGCGGCCAUCGAUGGACCGUCAAGUGCAUGGUGACGCAUUUAUGUGUGUAUGAAAAAAGUUUUUAAAAUAUAAAAUAUAUUUUAACCUUUAAACGAAUCAGUAAUUAUUUGGAAAACUCCAUUUCAUAAUAUUUAUAACUCGCAAUAAACCGUCUGUUUCGUUUCUGUUCU